AUGUCUCUUCCCAUCCAGGUCUCUAUGGGGACAGAUGCGCUCGUGCGGCUGCUCAGUGGCACAACGGCGCUAGCCCCUCGCCUGGGCCGAGCCGGGCUGUCCAUCCUCAUGGCAGUGCGUCUGGCAGCUUUGGCUCUGGGGGCCAGAAGCCUGUGGCGGGACGAGAUGGACGACCUGGCCUGCAAUUCCUCUGCCAGCUGCCGCCUGGCUUGCUUCGACGCCGCUUUCCCGGUCUCGCCCUUCACCCUCUUCCUGCUGCAGGCGGCUUUCGUCUCCGCGCAUGGCUUGGCCUGCUCCCUCCUGUGGCGUCCGCCCGACUGCCAGGGGAAGGGGUGGCUCCGCGACAAAACCCAGCAGCUCCGACUCCAUUCGCUGAGCCUCCUGGCUCGGAUCCUCCUGGAAGGGAUCUUCCUGAUGACGUUCCACGCUCUCUAUGCCCGCUACCCGCAGACCUUGCACUGCCCUGCUUCAACGCUGUGCCCCGACACUGUAGUGUGCACCAUCCAGAAUGCCCAAUGGAAAGACGCCUUUGACCUCUUCGUAGCCGGCACCUCCUGGGCUUCCGUGGCGGUUUGCCUAACGGUGCUUUACCUUGCCGUGACUGAGAUCGUCCAGCUGACAUUGUGGCCUGCAAAGAGGCACUUGGGACAUCUCCUUUUAGCAGAAUGUCCUUGA